AUGAGCUGUCCCGACUGCUACCGCGGCGGCGUGACGACCGAGCACCCCAAGGGCAAAGAGACGACCAUCCACGGGCUGGCCACCUAUGUCGCCGAGCCGCCGGCCGGAACCACGCCCAAGGACAUCAUCCUCUACAUCACCGACGCCUUUGGGUGGCAGCACGCCAACAACCGCGUGCUGGCGGACCACUACGCCUCGCGCGGGGGCUACCUCGUGUACGUGCCCGAUUUCAUGGGCGGGCACGCAAUUGACGCGUACGGGCUGGUCGUGAUGGACAAGGUCGCGGGCAAGGCGGCCACGUGGGCCGACACUUUCUGGAAGCCGUGGUACAUUGCGCGGAUGGUCCCCUCCAUCAUCAGCUUCAUGUGGUUCUGCAGGCCCGCCGUGCGCAAGGGCCUGGUGUAUGAGUUUGCCCAGAAGCUGCGCAGCUCCCCGGCCCCGUACCAGACCAACGGCAAGCCCCUGCGCAUCGGCGCCGCGGGCUUCUGCUGGGGUGGCAAGUUUGGCGUGUGGCUCGCGCAGGACGAGCCCGCGAGCCGCCUCGCAGAGGCCCAGCCCCUCGUCGACUGCGUCUUCACCGCGCACCCGUCCUUCCUCUCGGUGCCGGCCGACAUCGAGGCCGUCACGCUGCCGCUGAGCGUCGCGGUCGGCGAAGACGACAUGGCGCUGCCCGCCGACAAGAUCCAGCAGAUGAAGAAGAUGCUCGAGGCCAAGCCGGGCGCCGAGGGCCGGUACGAGGUCAACAUCAUCCCCGGCGCGAAGCACGGGUUUGCCGUGCGGAGCCACCCGAAUGACGCGCACGAGAUGGAGUGUGCGCUGCGGGCCGAGGACCAGGCAAUUGCGUGGUUCGACAAGUGGUUGGCUAGGGAUUGA